GUUCAGACUUAAUAUUUUUUCCCGCAGUCCCCGGCUAAUCCGUACUCGCGUGCAGCCGGAAUGACUGUGCGCAGCUGCUGUAGCGUCCAGCUGUUUGUUCUUAUGCGCUCCUCGCUCAGCAAUCUGACCCCUUGGAGCUCGAGUUCCCAGGAGACUAUUGGCACCAUAAGGAGGCCGGGAAGAGCAGAUAGAGCUGGUUUUCAUGGGCUAAGGAGAGAAAGAAAGGUGUUAUUUUAGUGCAUUCUUCUCCAAGAUCCGAGCAAGCUCGCUUCCUGUAUUAAAAAAUGGCUAAAGGAAGACGACUCCUUCCGCUGAUUUCUCUGCUUUCAGUUUCCCUCCUCGUCGAGCACUGUAAUGGAGGAAAGGUUGGUGUUUGCUACGGUAGAAAUGCUGAUGACCUUCCAACACCUGACAAAGUUGCUCAGCUUAUUCAGCUUCAUUCCAUCAAAUAUGUUAGACUCUAUGACGCCAAUAUACAGGUUCUGAAGGCUUUUGCUAAUACUGGAGUUGAACUUAUGAUCGGAAUACCGAACUUAGACUUACUGGCCAUCUCUCAGUACCAAUCCAAUGCUGAUACCUGGCUCAAGAACAAUAUGCUCCCAUACUACCCUGCCACCAUGAUUACCUACAUAACAGUGGGAGCCGAGAUCACUGAAAGUCCGGUCAAUGUCUCAUCCCUCGUUGUUCCUGCCAUGACUAAUGUCCACACUGCUCUAAAGAAGGUUGGACUCCACCAAAGAAUCAAGGUUUCGAGCACUCAUUCGCUUGCCGUGUUAUCCCGCUCAUUUCCACCGUCCGCUGGGGCUUUCGAUAGCAAGUUUGCUUUCUUUCUGAAGCCUAUGUUGGAGUUUCUGGUGGAGAUUCAAUCGCCUUUCAUGAUUGAUCUUUAUCCUUACUAUGCCUAUAGGGAUUCUUCUGGAAAUGUUUCUCUUGACUAUUCUUUGUUUAAUCCAUCAAAAGAUGUCAUCGAUCCUAACACUGGCUUGGUAUACACCAACAUGUUCGAUGCACAGAUGGAUGCUAUAUACUUUGCACUCAUGGCAUUGAAUUUUAGGACUUUGAAGGUUAUGGUUACGGAAUCCGGUUGGCCUAACAAGGGCUCAGCAAAGGAAGCUGCUGCAACUUCUGAUAAUGCUCAGGCAUAUGAUACCAAUUUGAUUCGGCAUGUUAUUAAUGAUACCGGGACUCCUGCUAAGCCAGGAGAGGAGAUUGAUGUUUAUAUAUUCUCAUUGUUCAAUGAGAAUAGGAAACCAGGUUUGGAAUCUGAGAGAAAUUGGGGUUUGUUUUAUCCUGAUCAGACUAGUAUAUUCAGCCUUGAUUUCACUGGUAAGGGUAGUGUAGAUGUUGUAACCGGAGCGAACAUUACUAGCUUAAAUGGUACGUGGUGUGUUGCUUCUGCCAAUGCUUCAGAACAAGACUUGAAAAAUGCAUUGGAUUGGGCCUGUGGUCCGGGAAAUGUUGAUUGUUCCGCUAUUCAGCCAAGCCAGCCUUGUUUUCAACCCGAUUCAUUGGCUUCUCAUGCUUCUUACGCUUUCAACAUUUUUUAUCAGCAGAAUGGAGCUACUGACAUUGCUUGUAGUUUUGGUGGGGCGGGGAUUAUAACUACUAAAGACCCAAGCUAUGAUAAAUGCAAAUAUGCAACCUCAGGUAAAAUGAACAACACAAACUCUACUGGACCCUCAUCCAUUCCAUCCACAGCAAAGAGCUUUGCGGCUUCAUGCACGAUAGGUUGUUUGUUUCUUUCUUUGUUGGCUCUGCAUCUCAUCUUGUUUGAGCUUCUCGGCUUCAUGGAAAUGAGUUUGUAGAGAGUUAGAAGAUAUGUUGAAGCAAGAGAAAUUUGUAUUUCUUUUCAUGUGUUUUUUUUUAUGGUGCUCCGAGUGACUGAUAUUAUAUUGUAGAAACUAUUGGAAAAUAGAUUGGCGUUUUCUAGAAAAAUAUGAG